AGGUGGGUGUGAUCUCAUGUUUAUGUAUGGGGCUGGAGAAGGCAGGGCAAUAGGUGCUAAUUGGCCUUUGAGAAAGGGGUUGAGACAUUUGCGCUCAAGUUGGAUGGCCAGAAUUGUAGGCUACAGCUCGACCGAGAGCAUCACCUGGCAAGCUUUUUGGGGUAUCGAGUUGGAAGAGUAGCCUUCUAACUUAGUGUUUGGGAGAGCCUUAAAGAAGUAGUAAAAUUGCUGCCGAGUAGGACUACUGUGUUAUUGUGCACGUAAAGGAGAAAAUGAGUUCAAUCAUUCUCUUUAGGACUCUACUGUCCACUCUCGUUACCUUCCAGUUCAUCACGGUUGCUGCAGCUUGUGAUGGACCUGAAUGCAACAGAACACAAGACUCCGGGGAACCUCAGCACGCUGAAUAUUUGAACCAAUUCAAUGAGAGGAACUCGCCAGACAAACAUCGGGAUGCAGGAUCCGUUCUUCCCUUCGUCGGCCUCACAGGAAGCUCCAAACAAAGUCGGGACUGUUGUAAAAACGGUGGGACCUGCAUUUUGGGGAGCUUUUGCGCAUGUCCUCCGUACUUUACCGGACGGAGUUGUGAAUACGACAAAAGAAUCAGGACCUGUGGCAUGAUUCCUCAAGGGGAGUGGGUUAAGAAGGGCUGUUCAUACUGCAGGUGUGGAUAUGGAAUCCUGCACUGCUUCCACGAUGUCUUCCAUGACGACUGUGAUGACACCCAGGAAGUCCAGUGGGGUCGCUCGUCUGGUGUCAGAGUGCAGCAGACAGUGUACUUCCUUAUUGCACUACUUUGGGUUUUGUUUGUUUGAGAGCUUAGAGAGGAUUCAUGGAUUUGGCCACAAAUAGCUCUCAUGAAAGGACUCCUGGUGUUUCAGGGCAGCAAUAUUUCUGCAACGCUGAAAUGAAUUUUCCUUCCAGUGGAAGUCUGAACAUCUUGCUGUAUAAAAGGCAACUGUCUAUAAAUGGAAAGACGCUGUACAUAAUAAUGUGUGAUGUAAAAUAGUGAUAUGUUUGUAUUACAUUUUUCUAGGCUUUAGUGAAUACACAGUGGUUAGAAGAUGCAAUAUCGUGUAGACUUGUUUUUUUGUUUUUGCAAUAGUAAUGAAGUAUUUCUGUUUGCAUGCACAUAUUGUAAUACUACCGUUGCCCUUUUUAAAAAAAAUGUUAAAGUAAAACUUUUAGGUUGAUUACUGAUGGAUAACUACUAUUUGCUGACAAUGUGUUUGCUUCUCUCCAUUUCUGUGGAAGUGAGAGUUUCAUUAAGCAUGAAUGACUUGUGAUUGUUGACCCUUGCGUCCAUUUUCCCUUAUCUAAGUUAAACAAUUAUACACCGGCCAAUCGAUCACCAUGGAUGGCGUUCCUGCUUGUUGUGUUAGUCAUGCUCGGUCAGAUAUGUUUGUGGGGAAUGUGAUAGGACUUGAAUGGUUUGUCAUUAAAAUUGACAUGUUGAUUUGA